AUGAACAAAACACCCGGCUACACAACAUACCAAUUUCCUCAUAACCGUCAUGUAAAGGCUAGCAUUCUGAUUAAAGAAGGUCUUGGCAGCUGCCUCGGGAUUUCAAAAUAUUCAACGCCAAAUUUAUGUAUAGUACAGCUCAUCACUUCUGGGAAAAGAAUAUUUCUAACUAGCAUUUACGUAGAGCCCAAAGACGAUGAAAAUGAAACAUUGAACCACUUGGAACAAUUUAUAAUUGAAACAGGAGACGCCAUUCAUAUUAUCGCGGGAGACCUAAAUGGCUGGCACCAACUUUGGGGAUCUCCCACAGCGAAUAAAAGAGACCCAAAUAACUUACUAAACUUUAUUGAUGAAAUAACCGCGUUUAUUCACAAAAUUUGUAAAAAGUAUCUUCCCCACUCUUCUAUUCGUCCUGAGCGCCCUUCUUGGUGGACCGAAGACUUAGAAAAAUUAAAAAGAAAAGUUCUUGACAACCAUCACCUGCUUCAAAAACUUAGUCGAAAACGUCUUCCAAUGAACGAAGCAAUUACAAACAAGACCCAACUCCGAAAGGAAUACGCCGAAGCAAUCAGAAAGGCCUCAACUGAAAACUUCCGCGAAUUCUGCAACAAACAAGGUAGGGCAGAUGUGUGGUCAGUUACAAAUAGAUUGCUGAAGAAUUCAAUCCCAACCCUACCACCUUCCACCCUCAAAUUAGCACCAAACAAAUAUACUACUUCUUCUGAAGAAACAGCCCAUAUAUUUCUUCAAAAAUUUUAUCCAGAGAACACCAUUGACACAUAUAGUUCCCAAACAGUCACCCGACAAACCAUAAAAUUUCCACCGAAUACAAAUGAUGAUCCUCCAUUUACUAUUGAUGAAGUCCUCCGUAACCUCAAGGAUAUGAACCCUCGAAAAUCACCUGAACCAGAUCACCUUACCUCCGACAUAUGCUUCUGUUUCACUCAAACAUUUCCAGAACUAAUAACGAAUAUCAUGAAUAGAUUUAUCAAUAUUCCCUAA